GGGAGGCAGCCCUGCUGCUGCUGACAAAGGGGGAUCUGCUGAUUUUAAAGCUCUUUUCCUAAAGGAUUGUGUUUUUUAUCGAGGGCUUGUGUUUUUGCACCUGCGAGCGUCUGCAGCUGUCACCCCCCAAUGGCUCCCCCAGACUGAGCCCCGGGGGGAACCCUGUGGAUUGGCUGUUCCGUCAUCCUUCUGGACCAAGGCGAGAUGCUGGACUGACCUAUUUACUGUGGACAUCAGGAUUUUCUAGAAGAAUUGGAUACAGAAGAGACCCCCCUCCGCCAUCCCCAGGGCCGGGGGGGCUGGUUAGGACGCUGUCACCUGUCUGGACCAUAGAAAUCCGGGAGGCAGGGAUGGCAUGAGCAGCGGGGGCAGCGCGGACGCAAGUUGAAAACAUGUCGAAUACAACAAACGGAGACACCAAGGCCCAGUGUUUGCCGCGGAAUGGUCUGGUAAAGAUUCCCGGUCCCACCAAUGGCCUGGGCUCCGCCAGUAUCACCAAAGGGACACCAGCUGUCAAGAACCGGAUUUGCCAGCCGCCCUCUGUGCCAUCCAUCUUAAGUCAAGCCUUUCCCAAGCACCAAGAGCAUGUCAACCCUUCAGUGUUACCGAUCAUUCCUCCUCCACCGACCCACAGUAUCCCACUGGGUCUUAGCCCUGGAGCAGAGAAGCGCCCAAUUCCCUGUGGACCCUCACUGGAUAGAGUCCAGGGCCAGGGAAUGGAUUGGCACCUCGCCCUAGAUGAAAAGAUCCUAAACCGCCUUUUCAGUUAUUUCUCCGCGUGUGAAAAGUGUGUUCUUGCGCAGGUUUGCAAGACAUGGAGGCGGGUUUUGUACCAACCAAGGUUCUGGGUAGGCCUGACGCCUGUCCUACAUGCCAAGGAACUAUACAAUGUUCUUCCUACAGGAGAGAAGGAGUUUGUCAAUCUGCAUGGAUUUGUUGUGCGUGGUUUUGAUUCGUUCUGCUUGGUCGGUGUCUCGGAUUUGGAUAUCUGUGAGUUUAUUGACAACUAUCCUCUGUCCAAAAAGGGGGUGAAAUCUGUGAGUCUAAAGCGGUCAACAAUCACUGAUGCCGGCUUGGAGGUGAUGCUGGAGCAGAUGCAGGGGGUGGUCAGGCUGGAGCUGUCCGGCUGUAAUGACUUCACGGAGGCUGGUUUGUGGUCCAGUUUACAUGGACGGAUCACGUCUCUGAGCGUCAGUGACUGUAUCAACGUGGCAGACGAUGCCGUGGCAGCCAUCUCCCAGCUUCUUCCCAACCUGGGGGAGCUGAACCUGCAGGCCUACCAUGUAACGGACACAGCGCUGGCAUACUUUACUGCCAAACAGGGCCGAGCCACCCAUACACUACGCCUCCACUCCUGCUGGGAGAUCACCAACCAUGGGGUGGUCAAUGUGGUCCACAGCCUGCCCAACCUGACAGUCCUCAGCCUUUCUGGGUGCUCCAAAGUGACAGAUGAUGGGGUGGAGCUGGUGGCUGAGAACCUGAGAAGACUGCGAGGACUGGACCUGUCAUGGUGUCCCAGGCUGACAGACACAGCACUGGAGUAUAUUGCAUGUGACCUUCACAAGCUGGAGGAGCUCGUCCUUGAUAGGUGUGUACGGAUCACAGACACCGGACUCAGCUACCUGUCCACCAUGUCAUCGCUCCGCAGUCUGUACCUCCGCUGGUGCUGCCAGGUACAAGAUUUUGGUCUGAAGCAUCUCCUGGGGAUGAAAAGUUUACGUCUCUUAUCUCUGGCCGGUUGUCCUCUACUCACCACCACCGGCCUUUCAGGUCUCGUUCAACUCCAGGACCUAGAAGAACUGGAACUAACCAACUGUCCUGGUGCCACUCCUGAGCUCUUCAAAUACUUCUCCCAGCACCUGCCUCGUUGCGUGGUGAUCGAGUAACCAGCAGGAGCCAGGCGUUCAAAACAGUCCGAGCUGUAUCCUCCGAAACCAUUUCCAGCACUGACCAUCUGAUCGGAGACUUUGGCUGUGGGACUUUAAUACCCGAGUCAUUGAUUUGCUGACAAAGCAAAGAGAGCAAGAUCCUGGGAGAUAAUUUCACACUCCAGUUUGUGAAGACCUCAUUCCAUGUCCCGAAGUCAGGGUUGUAUUAUUUCCCGCGCUUCAUCUCUUGUCUUCUCUGUCGUGGAUUGAUACUCACAAGUAGAGCUGGUUCCCAUCCGAAACCCUAUCGACGUUCUCUUUGCAAGGAUUCUAUGGUGUGAGGUGGAGUACAGAACAUUGUGGAGUGUUGCUUCCAGUUCUAGUUGUGGUCCUCCAUAGUUUGGUUCUUUCGAAGAUAAUUAUUUUUGGUUGUUUCUUUGAUUCUAGAUUUUUUUUCUAUCCUAAAAUUGAAAAGAUCAAAGAAUACCAGCGACAUUAAUGGUUUCUGCUGGAUUAUGGAGUUAUGGAAAGUUCAGUAGACAGGUUCUGCAUGGCUGUCAAGCUCCACCUUAUGGCUCUCAUUCAGAUGGAGCAGUUGGAAAGAUCCACCCAGUACUACAAUCUCGUGUCACCUUUUAUUUUUACAGUUUGUCCACCUCCGGUCUCUCUGUAUAGUACGGACGUUUCCAACAUCUGCCUGUUGCUACUUCUCGCUCAACAUUUCAAAUAUCUCGUCCGAGAGGAAUGACCCUCUUGAUGGUCUUGGUGAUAUGAUUGUCCUAUGGGAGUUAUGGUGGUGGCACAUUGAGAAAAUCCUUCGACUUGGCCAAGGCAUUCCAAAUAAAAGGAAAGAGGACCACAAAAGGUCCGUUAUGUUGAGUCGAUAGCCUGCAACUUUCUACACAUGACCAGACACAAGAAGAUCUUGAUUGGCUGUUGGUGGUCAUUGUGCUGUGUCUUGGUUGAUGUUGGUGCCAUCGGACGUGUAGACUGUAUAAUGCGGAGUAGACACUGUCUUGAGGGACAUCAGGCCUUGUAUAAACCUUUAGGAGGGGAGGAAGGGGUUGCAUCCCUUGUACAUCUUCCCGGCUUUCCCUAGUGCCUGUACAUUGAUGCUGUUGCUCGAUGUUCCCUCCAUGACCUGCCCCCCAGAAGACCAGGGAGAAGCAGUGUGGUUUUUAAUUCUAACAACAUUUGUGCUUUUUGACACCUUUUUUCUGAGUUCACGAGAACUGUGAGAUGUCACUUGGAUGACGUGAUAGUAAAAAGGAAGCUUCAGGGGUUAACAUACAAUCAAAUUUCUGUUCUCUCUUGCUGUCUUGUACUGUCUCUGUCCAUCUUUAAUUCCACAGGGUCUCUCUCUCUCUCUAGGUAUCGCUCCUCUCAUCCUUUCUUCACCUCUAUCUCUCAUAUCCCAUAUGACACGGUUUGUCUCUUUGUAUGCUUGUCCCAUGUUCUGGCCCAUCCCCCGCAUGUUUCUUUCCUCCUGUCUCUUUUUCGGACUCCUCUCCUUCCUGGAGAGCACUGUCUAUGGAACAAUCUCGUGUUGUUUUUUCACCAUGCUUUAAAUAUAUUAAAAUAUAUAAGAAUUCUGA